UCCUGGAAGGCGGAAGCGCGGCUUGGAUCGACUGGCGGGGUUGGGGCGCAGAGACCGGGCGGGGGCCGCCUCCUCCGCGCCGCCGCCCGCCCCUCCUCCGGAAAGGGGCUCGGCUGGGCGUGGGGAGAGAGUCCCGCGGAUGGACGAGCGGCCCUGAGCCCGGCGCCCCCGGGAACAUGGGCGUGCUCAGGGCCGGGCUGUGCCCGGGCCUCACCCAAGACACGGUCGGGCAGCUGAGGAGCCGCGGGAUCAAGACAGUGGUGGACCUGGUUUCCGCAGACCUGGAGGACGUAGCCCAGAAAUGUGGCUUGUCUUACAAGGCCCUGGUUGCCCUGCGAAGGGUGCUGCUGGCCCAGUUCUCAGCCUUCCCCUGCAAUGGCGCUGAUCUGUACGAGGAACUGAAGACUUCCACGGCCAUCCUGUCCACUGGCAUUGGAAGCCUAGACAAACUGCUUGAUGCUGGUCUCUACACUGGAGAAGUGACGGAGAUCGUAGGAGGUCCAGGUAGUGGCAAAACCCAGGUAUGUCUUUGUGUGGCUGCAAACGUGGCCUAUGGCUUGCAGCAGAACGUUGUGUACAUUGAUUCCAACGGAGGACUGACAGCCUCCCGCAUCCUCCAGCUACUUCAGGCCAAAACCCCGGCUGAGGAGGAGCAGGCAGGAGCUCUCCAGAGGAUCCAGGUGGUACGUGCGUUUGACAUCUUCCAGAUGUUGGACGUGCUACAGGACUUCCGAGGCACUGUGUCCCAGCAGGUGAGUAGUGGCUCGGCGGCUACAAAGGCGGUGGUUGUGGACUCGGUCACUGCAGUGGUCUCCCCACUUCUGGGAGGUCAGCAGAGGGAAGGCUUGGCCUUGAUGAUGCAGCUGGCUCGAGAGCUGAAGACCCUGGCCCGGGACCUCGGCGUGGCGGUGGUGGUAACCAACCACGUGACCCGAGACAGGGACAGUGGGGACCUCAAACCUGCCCUCGGACGCUCCUGGAGCUUUGUACCCAGCACCCGGAUUCUCCUGGACGUUGACAAAGGAGCGGGAGCGUCGGGCAGUCGGCGCAGGGCAUGUCUGACCAAAUCUCCGCGUCUGCCAACAGGUUUCCAGGAGAUGGUAGACAUUGGGACCUGGGGGCCUCCAGAGCAGAGCCCAGCGUCCCAGGGAGAUCAGAUAUGACUGUGCUGUUGAUUGGGGGGCAUCAGGCACCCCGGCUCUGUGCACACUAGCCGCUGCUGUUCACUGCCACCCGGCACUUGGGGCCGCAGUAGAAGCUCUUGGGCUGGGCAGAAGAGACAUCUCUGUUUCCUCCGCUUCUCUUUCUGUGAAAACAGAGCUACAGGCGAGAGAGGACGCUGUGGUGGAAGGACCCAGAAACUCACACGGGGCCAAGUUUUCUUCCUUUUUUAUAUCAUGUAUGUUUCCAUGGGAGCCGAGUUCACCCUGGCCUCCAGCCUCAUGAAGAAGCCUGCUAGUGACUGGACAGAACCGUGUGUGUCAGCAUCGUGCCUGUGCUCCAUCCUCACGCAGUGACUGAGCCCCAAAGCCUCUGCUUCUCUUUCCCUUUUUCAUUUUGCCUCUGUUUUUCCAUCUGUAAGUUGGAGCUCCCUUUCCCCUAGCUUUGUCUUUGAGCUACUGGGUGGAAGUGAUCUUGCAAAUGCAAAGCCCUUCUUUAUCUAUGUCAUGCUCUUAAAAAAUGCAAACAGGAAAUACCCUGAGCCCCAGAGCCACCUAAUUCCUCUCCCCCCCCCCCCCACCCCCCCCCCCGCAGAACGCUGUUUUUCAGUUUCCCUCUGUGAGGUUCCAGAGAAUGGUUCUUCCUUUUUUUCCUCUUGCUGAUUUGGUUUCACACACCUGCAUGCAUCAUCAUGACUAGGUGAGACUGUGAACUCGCUGCAGUCCCAGGGAUAUAAUUUAACAGGAAGGGAGAAUGUGGCCACAGUGAAUCCAUCUACGUGUUUAUUAUGCAUGGUGCCCUGUAAGGCCCCUCCACGGUAUAGAGUAGCCAGAGGUGCUGAGCCAUGGCCUUGCCCAUAAACAGACAGGAGAGAAUUUGCACAGUAAAUAGAGCCAGCUGGGAAAAUUGAUGCUGGCGUAAAUAAUACAUGGCAAAUCUAGUCCUUUAUGCAGAAAUUCAUUGCCGGUGGCUCCGAGCUGCAAUAUAAUUACCCUUUUCUUCCUGCAGCUGUACUGCAGCCUGGUACCCUAGUGUAUGCAACAGCCCCCUGUCUGUCAGCGGCACUGGGGCCAUCCAUCUGAGAGCUGUAGCCCUGGCUGGGGGGGGGGAGUGGGGGGUGAGGAUACCAAGGGAAGGAAUAAUAAAAGGCGAAGUAGAGAAAUGAUCAGAAUUGUUUAAUGACCACAUUUUUUAAAGGAAGGUCGCCUUUCUUGGUUAGAGAGCCUGUCGCGAUUAAUUAGUUGUGUCUUGGCUGCAGGAAAAGGAGGGGUCAGAGUUCCAGGGGGGAAGAUAGGACAUUAAGAUGAUGAACAUAGCAGAGACAGAAGCAGGAAGCGUGGAGGGUCGGGAACAAGCAGCAGACCGGCUCCAGGGUAUCCGCCUGCGUGAGGACAGGGUUGGGGAGCCUAAGACUGGGGGAAGCCCGGCCCCGUUGCCGGCAGAGAGGACCCCAGGGGUUGGCAUAUUUCCGCAACCGCCGUAGGAAACGGUACGUUAAGCGAGGGAUGGCAAAUCCCUGCCACUCCUAGCAUUUGGGCAUUUUGAGCAACCCCCCCCCAGGGGUCUCCCUAGUCUCCCAAGCAUUCUUUUUUUGUGGAACUUGGGAGUGUUUUGCAGUUUUUCUCCGCACGGCGCUCCAGAUAGGCACGACCUACUAGUGGGAGUGGGCAUUCGAGGGGGAACCUGGUUGCCACUGCUGCCCUGGGCAGAUCUGCCCUGUUCCCUGUAUGUGGUGAGUCAGGACCCCGGAAUAAUGGGGUUUGAGAGGCUGUAAAGAUCAUAUGCCCCAGGGAAACUGAGGCCCAAAGAGGAGAAGUGACGGUCCCUGUGGCAGAACAGCAGCUGGCACCCAGGGCUCCUGACUCCUAAGCCAGGACUCUUUGGGUCUCCAUGUUGCCUUUAGUUUCCCAUCUGCGCAGCUGUCUUCCCACCGGGCACUAACUCCAGCUCAGGGUGCCAGGGCCAUCACCCAGGUGGCCUCGCUGACAGUUCGCUGCUGCUCCAGACCACCUGUGACAUUCCUGCAGGACCAGAGCUUUCUCUCGCACUGCCUGCUGCGCCCGCACACGCCAUCGGGGCACACUGCACCGAGCAGCUCCCCCGAGCAGCCUUGAGCCAGGCUGGCUGUCCUGCCCAAGUGCCUCUUGCUGCCUUUGCUUAUGUGUCUGCCUCUGUGUCUGGUGCACAUUCAUCCUGACACCCUCCCUCUUUAUGCAUCAAGUAUGGUCUAGACAAACAUCGGAACCCCUCUCUACCACUCAUCUUCCUGUGCACUUGUCGCCUAGGAGCUCAGGAUCCAUUUUUUUUUUAAGAUUUUAUUUAUUGGGGUGCCUGGGUGGCUCAGUCAUUAAGCAUCUGCUUUCGGCUCAGGUCAUGAUCCCAGCGUCCUGGGAUGGAGCCCCAUGUCGGGCUCCCUG